GCACUUUAGCAGCUCCGAUGACAGCACUUUACACCUGUAGCUAUCUUUUUCCAUUCUUAAAUGGUAAAGGAGCAACCACAGGUUUACUUGCUGGUAUUUUUGGUGCAUUGGCUCUAUUUUAUCUGUAUUUUCGAGUUAUACCUCUUCAAUUUCAUCAUUUCCCACGGUCAUGUGACAAUGAGACAUCAAUUAUACAUUCAUUAACAUGGCCUGAUUGCAAAUUUGCAUAUUCAGAGUUGGAUUCUAUUCCAACGAUAUUACAAGCAAUGGCUAAUAAAGCACAAAAAUUGCUACUCAUUUUCUGUGAAGUACCAAUUGCAUGGUAUCCAUUAGCUACUUUUACAAUUGCGACAUUAUCAAUGCUACUUGUAUCAUUGUGUACUAGUAAUAGCAAUGCUGAUAACUUUGAUUGGAAAUUGAUAAUAUGUACAUCAUACAUUGGAAUAUUUAAACGUAAUAGUGAUAAGAUAAUCAAUAAUGAUAAACGUGUCGCUUUCAUAGAAUGCGAAUCAUUUCGAUAUGCUCAACAAACACCAUAUCCGGAUACGGUAACUACAGUUACACCUAUAAUUGGACGAUAA